CGUGGACACGAGCAUUGCGAGCGUUAAGUGGAACGUACCCUAUAUAUACCAGAGAUGAGUAUUACUAUAUACACACGACCAAUCAAAAACGUGGCACUGCUUCGAGGGCCCACCGCUAAGGUGGCAUGCCGAAACCAGAGAAAUUGAGACCACCAAAAACAGGCUCACUGGCAAUCUCCCUACUCAUCUCUGCCUUGUGUCUGUACUCUGCGGAAUUCAAAAGCUGAAUGAAUGUUCCGUAUAAUUUCCCCUACUUUACUUCUGAUGGUACAUUUUCUCUAAACGUUUCAUUCAUCUGUUAAGAGAUGGCGCUGCAUUCAUUUUCCAAUAUCUCCUGCCUCUUACGAAUAAUUUUUGAACUACGUAUUUACUCUUAUGAUACUUUGUAUUAGACCAUUAUGCAAUAGCGUAGACGCUGCAGCAGCCGUCAAAACAAAGAUUUCGAAGCAGAAAUUAGAGAAACUUGCAUUGCAUGAACAUUUCACAGGGAAAUUGUUAAAAGAAGGAAGUUUCUUAUUGUAUUGCAUAUAUUGAUAAUAUAUUUACGCGUUCGUGUACAAAUAAUGGCAUCAGGAUUGGAAAGUUAUGUCAAUCAUACUGUCUCAAUCAUCACAUCUGAUGGACGGAAUUUUAUAGGUACUUUGAAAGGGUUUGAUCAGACAAUUAAUUUGAUUCUGGAUGAGUCUCAUGAACGAGUCUACAGUACCACCCAAGGUGUUGAACAAGUUGUCUUAGGUCUACAUAUAAUUCGUGGUGACAACGUGGCAAUCGUCGGAGAACUGGAUGAUGAAAUGGACACCAGACUGGAUUUGUCUACAAUUAGAGCAGAUCCCUUAAGUUCUGUAAUACAUUGAAAUAAAUAUUUGCUAAUUCACACUAUC